CCCCCGCGAGACCGCGACCGCCGCGCCACACGACGGACGACGACGCGGCCGUGUUCGCGCCAGCCAAGCGUACCCCUACCUGCGAAUGGUUGGGUAGCGACGAGCCAGCCAGCCAGCCAGCCGACGAGGAGGGAAUCGACGCCCCAAUUCAAUUCGCGCGAGGCGACCGCGGCGGGGCGGCUUGCGCCCACACGUUUCUCCCCUCUUGCUCACUUUUUAUUCCGCGGGAAGAGAGGGAUAGAUUCAGCUGGGCUGGUGGUGAUUGGGACGGCGCUGGUGUGUGUGUGUGAGAAAGGAGUGGGGCUGAGCUCUCCGACCCCGCUCUUGGCUGUGGAGCGAGCUGCUGCUGCUGCUGCUGGUGCUGGGCGGGCGCUGCGGACUUGCCCUUUUUUAUUGUGUCUUUCUCUGCUCUGGACCAGGAGGAGGUAGCGGCGAGAGAAAGGCCUUGCUUGGUUGGUUUUUUGCUGCCUGUUCUUGGGUUGGUCUGCUCUCGCCGUGUUUGGUGGUUGUUGCUCCGCGGUGGAGACGCUCGGAUCUGAAUUUUGGCGGCGGGCGCGCGGCGAAGGAGGCGAGGGGUUUCUCAGGCUGCCUCGCAAGUCGCAAGUAAUAGCAAGCACCUCUAUCGGAUUUCAUUCAUAUUCUUUUGGAAUGUCGUGAAAAGUUCUGUCAUGUCUUGCUGGCGACAAGUCUUCGGUGGAAUUAGAAUCUUAAGCCAAAUCUUUGAAGCCGAUAAUGCCAGAGUCUUCUACCAACAGAUUUUGUAAGAAGGUAGAUUUAGAAGUUCUGCCAAGCAGAAGUGACGUUGGAGAAUCAUCUUACCACAAGCACUCCCUAUGGAUGGCACAUUGGGCCAGAUCAAGCAUCAGUCCAGAACCUCAAAAUGGCCAGAGCUGUAGCCCACUUAAGGAAAUUGAUGAUGUUGGCUAUUCAAAAGAUUGCGGGGCUUUACCUUUUGAGCUCAUGAAAGCUAGAGUAGCUGAAAGGUUGAUGGUGGGAGUGAGCCAUGGAGGUGUCUCUGCAGGAAAUACUCGGCAAUUCAGUACUAAUAUGAGGGGUGUAGCACGUGAUGUUUGCCAAGAAGUUCAAUGCAAGAAUGUUGAUCAGAUGGGUAGCUCCUUUGAAAGUUCUGUGAUGCAGAAAAAUGUGAACUUAUAUGCUGCUAAGACGGUGGUAUCUGAAAGAUAUUCUGUUCAUAAGAUAUCUGAUAUAUUGGUGGAUUCUCGUAAACUUUGUGGCACUGAAAAUCUGAGUUCAGAGUGGAAUCACUUUCCAAUGUUUGAAAUCAACAGGAAAAUCGACAGUAUUCUUAACCCAAGGCGGUCUGCGUUGGUCACAUCAUCUGAAAAGAUUUUUGUACCACAAAAAUCAGUGAAGAUAAAUAUGUCUACGUCUAAUGUGAUGUCAUUUUCAUCAAAGGAAUAUCAGCUGCACACACAUCAGGUAACUGAUGAGAAUAGGCAAUGCAAAUCUGCAAGGGGCAUGCUAUCUCAUCUUGAUAAUUACACUGGCCUCAAUUCUGACCAUGCAGGGAAAAAGCUGAAAGGCCAUUUAUCAAUUGAAGAACCAUGCUCUUGCAGCAAGGAUGACACUGACUCAUCAUGUUCAUUAGCAGACGAGCACCAUGCUCGCCAUUAUAUCCCAAAUUCAAAGAAGUCACCUCAUCGGUCUUGCAAGAACAGUUCUGUGUAUUCAGCGAGCAAAAUGGAAAAUCAAUUUGUUGAAGGUUCUUUGUUGGAACAUAAAUCAGAAGUGUAUGGAGCAUGCAAAAAGAAACAGCAUUUAGAGGGAGUUGCUUUCCAUGAGUCUGCACUGCAUAGAGAAUAUCAAAUCAAGUCAGUUAAAACUACUGCCAUUACCAACGAGGGUGAUAUGGACACUAAUGGCCAUCAUGUGGACUUUGGUAAUUUGUUACAAAGUGAUCAGCAGUAUCUGAAUAAACACACAGAAGAUUCUGCAGUGAAUUUGACAGAAUCCUGCAAGACACCUGAUGCAAUUGAUAGUGCAAUGAUACUGAAGAGCAAGGACGAAUCCCUGGCCCAAGAAAAGAGAACAAACAACAAAUUGAUAGAUAACAAACGGAAGGGUCCCUGCUUAUUUGAAAUGUUUACACAGCCUACGAAAUCAAAUGUCAAAUGUUCCAUAGAUCGAACAUCUUCAGGGAAAUCUUGUGGUAACAUGACCAGUGGUUUAUUGGGAGCACAGAAACAGUUUUCAACUAAAACUGAUACCUUUUACAGUGAAGCUCACCAUGCAUCAAAAUCUACAGCAGGAUUUGCUUCAGCAUCAAUGCAAAAGGACUUGGGUUAUCCAUCCUCUGCAAAAACUGAACAGUUAGUGACUUCAUCAGUUAAAGGAGUAUCAAGCGGCAGUAAAGGAAAUGAAGCAGUCAACACGAGUGCAGAACACCGCGACUUCUAUCCAAAAGCAACUUGUGCCAACAAUCAAGAAUGGAGCAUGUCAAAGACAUCAAGCAUGAACUUAGAUUUAGUUCUUUUCCAAAUAAGCAGACUGAAAAAUCCAAUUCCUAAUGCUUUAAAUGAGUCGCCAGCAUGUCCAGAUCCAAGUGAGAAGUGGCUGAAACGCCUGCAACAUGAUACCUCAGACUCUCAUGUUCCUUGUUCCAAGAAACCAAAGGUUGGAGAUGGUCCAUUGGCUGGAGGAACAUGUACUGUGUUUGGUCAAGUGUUUGACUGUGACAGCGACAGUACUGGCAUGAUCAACCAUGUGAAGAACAAAUUAAUAUGUAAAGGACUCACUGAUCAACAAAGCCAAGAAGGUUCUCCUAUGUCAGCAAAAAGUCUUAAUCGUUGGAUAGGAAGAUGGUGCAGAGGAGGCACCCCUGUUUUUCAUGGAACUUCAAAUCUAGAAAGACAGGAAGCCAAGUCUGGCAUGCCAUCGGAUGAUCUUGAAGGUCAGUUUCCAAGCAUCGCAGCAAUGGCGAUGAUGGGGCGUGUAAUGAACAAGCUCCGGCCAUGUGAACUUCAGAAGAGGGGUCCCUCUGUAGUCUGGAGGACAGAGGGGCUGUGAAAAUUGCAUGGUGCAUGUUUUGCCGGCCAUCAGCUAUCAUGUAAAAAAGUCUUCAAAUUCUGCAGGUAGGGGAUACUUUAGUAAACGCAACGUGUGAUUAUGAUUUUUCAAAAGAGAAAGUAUGCGUGGUUUUUUUAUCAAUCAUACCAUGAUGAUUGGUCAAUUGUUAAGUGAUUCUCUUUUGCCCUAUCCUAACUCCUGAAGCCCUGAAGGGGCACCCUAUUUUUUGUAUCCAAAUAAUUCGAUGAACUGGCCUCGCACAUGAAUUUGCUUCUGUUGCUUCAUAAUCCAUGGGUUUUGAUUUUGAUA